AUGUCGCUCUCUUUUGGCCUCAACUCGAAAUCCAAGGCGCCGGCCUCGCCGCCAAAGCCCAAGCGACGUCCAGUAGCUAUGAAUGUGCUAGGCGACGACUCGGACGACGACAUUCCGGCAGAAGCAGCUCCCAAAACCAAUGUCUUUGAAGAAGAGCUCACCGAAUUCGACUCCUCGAAGCCAUCACGUCCGUCCGCUCCGGUCCCUGCGCCCAAGAAGAAGCCUCUGAACAAGCCAAAACCUGGUUCAAUCCCUGCCAAACCUCCGACAAGGAAAUCUCAAGGCGUAAACCCAGACGAGUACAGCGACUUGUCUGCUCAACGCGAAAGUGCAGCCUAUGCGGCACAAGCGACCGAACUAGAUUCUACGAUUUACGACUAUGAUUCCUUCCACUCCGCCGCAACUUCGGCAGCCUCGGCCAGAAAAGCAGCAGCGAAACAAGAAAGCGUAGCCCAAGGCCCGAAGUACAUGAAUGCGCUCCUCACAGCAGCCGCGCAACGAAAGCAAGAUCAACAAGUCGCUCGCGAAAAGUUCCUGCAAAAGGAACGUGAGAAUGAAGGCGAGGAGUUUGCGGACAAGGAGAGCUUCGUCACUGGAGCGUAUAAAGCGCAACAGGAAGAGAAUCAGCGACUGCGUGAAGAGGAAGAGAAGAAGGCUGCUGAAGAAGAGGAGAAGAAAAGGAAGUCUGGUGGAGGUAUGCAAGGUUUCUACCGCAAUGUCAUGGCAGACAGCGAGCGCAGACAUCAAGAAGCUCUCGAAGCAGCCGCUGAGAUGGAGAAGCGAAAACUCGCCGGUGAUGCCAUGACAGAAGACCCAGAGACCAAAGAGGAAAAGGACAAGAUUGCAGAAUUGGCAGCAAAGGGUGUCAACAUCACACUGAAUGACGAGGGUCAAGUAGCAGAUAAACGACAACUUCUCACCGCCGGUCUGAACGUCCUUGCCUCUCCUUCCGCACCGCCAAAACCAGCCGCAAUUAUUCAAAAGCAAGACGAUUCUGCUCAAUGGAACAAGAAACGCGACAACGGUGUCCGAGAGAGGCAAACAAGGAUGAUGGAGCAACAGCUUGAAGAGAGCAGAAAGCGCGCAUUGGAACAAGAUAAAGAGGAACAAGAGAGGUUGGAAAAGGCUAGUAAGAGUAAGAAGACAGAUACGGAUAUCAGUUCGGCGAGAGAGAGGUUCUUGGCUAGAAAGAGAGAAAAGGAGGAGGCGGCCAAGAAGAAGGCGUGA